AACCUAUCAUUUAGUCCUCGUUUUUAAGUGAUUACAAUGGUGUAAUACGGUGUCGUUGAGACGACGAAAGAACUCAACCUGUUCAAUUCGAAAGACCAAUUUAAUUUCCCAAACGCAGUCUGUGAGGACAAAGAUAGAGAGGGAAAUGGAGAUGAGUGUAGCAUGUGCGGCAGCUGCUUCCGUUUCAAAGCCUCUAAGUUUCUCAAAACAAUCCCGUGUGAAAACCCAAUUUCUUAGCAGGACCAAGAGACCCAUUUGCGUGAAGGCGUUGAAUAGCUUGCCCGCAAGAGGACACACCUUAUCUACCAAUUGGGAUUUGUCUAAUUUCUCUGUUUCGAACACCACUUCAGCUCCGUGGCUACCCAGGUUCGAAGAGCUUGAUAUCACCAACAUGCUUCUUCGCCAGAGAAUCAUCUUCUUGGGCUCUCAGGUUGAUGACAUGACAGCUGAUUUUAUCAUUAGUCAGCUCUUAUUUCUUGAUGCUGAAGACUCUAAGAAAGACAUUAAGUUGUUUAUCAAUUCACCUGGUGGCUCAGUUACUGCUGGAAUGGGAAUAUAUGAUGCAAUGAAGUUAUGCAAGGCUGAUGUUUCAACUGUUUGUUUGGGGCUUGCUGCAUCUAUGGGUGCAUUUCUGCUAGCAUCUGGCACAAAAGGGAAGAGAUUUUGCAUGCCCAAUGGAAAAGUGAUGAUCCAUCAACCACUGGGGACUGCUGGAGGCAAAGCAACAGAGAUGAGCAUCAGGAUAAGAGAGAUGUCUUACCACAAGAUUAAACUGAACAAGAUAUUGUCAAGGGUUACUGGGAAGCCUCUAGAGCAGAUUGAAGUGGACACUGACCGUGAUAAUUUCAUGAAUGCUUGGGAAGCCAAGGAAUAUGGAUUGGUAGAUGAAGUUAUUGAUGAUGGCAAGCCGGGAUUAGUUGCACCCAGUGGAGAGGCAAUACCUCCACCCAAAACCAAGAUAUGGGAUAUGUGGAAGGUUGAAGGUAGCAAGAAAGCAAAGAAGAACUUUCUUUCAGAGGAUAAACUUUUUCAGAAUAGAAAUAAAGGGGAUCAAGGAAGUGAUGAGGACAGAGGCACACAACAAGAAAAGGAGGCUUCUGCUCCUGUAUGAAAUUUGAGUCAUCUCUUCUUCUUUUCCCUGAUUUAUAUUGGCCUAUACAUGGUUCACCUUUGUUGUUUAAGUGGUUAUCAAUCACUAAAUAUAAAUUUUGAGAGAAUUGAUCGGGUACAGAUUUUAAUCAUUUUAUUCAGAACGGUUGUU